AUGCUUCGAAGCUCAAGCCUUCCCUGGAGGGCUGCACUACUACGAACAUCCCAGCCUACAGUACGCUCUCCUCGGGUUUGCUUUGGGAAUGCUGUCCGGACAUCGUUAGAGCUCCGUACGUCCGUUUUCGCGAGAUCUCUUCCCGCAUUUACCCAACCGUUCUCCUCCACUUCCGCACGACGAAAAGAAAAGCCAACGCCGCCCCAGUCAAAGAAGGAACGCGAGGAAGGAACGGACACAGAGGUUGAUCGUGAGGAGCGUCCUAAACCCGAAGAACCGACGGAGAAGGAUGGAAAAUUAGAGGACACCGGCCCCUCACCUAUACCGGCAUCGGCUUCGCCGGCAGAAUCACGGCCUAGCGGGGCGGGCGCGGGAGCAAGCUCAAGUCAGUCAGGAAGCGGAGAAGGUGGAGGUAAAAGAGGACGAAAGAGUGCAGCUGAACGCGCUUUGCAAAAACCGUCAAUCCCAGAUGUGUAUCCCCAGGUGAUGGCCAUUCCAAUUGCGCGGAGACCUUUGUUUCCUGGGUUUUAUAAGGCAAUUACUAUCAAAGAUCCUAAUGUUGUCGCUGCAAUUCAAGAGAUGAUGAAGAGAGGCCAGCCUUAUGUUGGUGCUUUCCUAUUUAAAGAUGAGAACGCCGACAAGGAUAUCAUUGAAAAUAUGGACGAUGUUCAUGAUGUUGGAGUUUUUGCACAGGUCACAAGUGCAUUCCCUGUUCAUGGUGAUGAGAAUGGUUUGACAGCUGUCCUUUAUCCGCACCGCCGGAUAAAGAUGUCAUCUCUGAUAUCGCCACAAGAGACCGCACCGAAAGAGGAAACAGAACCGCAAGUACCUAAGGAAACGCCACAAGAAAAGCAAGGGGAUGUUGUUGCAAGUUUUGAGGAGGCUGCCGUCGAGCAAGCUUCGAAGAGCAAUAUUUAUUACGAACCCACUUCAUUUCUCCGAAAAUACCCUGUCAGCAUCGUUAAUGUUGACAAUCUUGCAGAAGAGCCGGUGGAUAAGAAAAGUCCCGUAAUUCGAGCUGUUACAAGCGAGAUUGUCAAUGUCUUCAAAGACGUGGCCAAUCUAAAUCCACUGUUUCGUGACCAAAUUUCUACUUUUUCUAUGAGUCAAUCCGCUGGCAACGUGAUCGAAGAGCCCGCCAAAUUAGCCGAUUUUGCUGCAGCAGUAUCUGCCGGUGAAAUAAAAGAGCUUCAAGAUGUUCUGGAAACAAUGAAUAUUGAAGAGCGCUUGUCUAAAGCUCUUGUGGUCCUAAAAAAGGAACUAAUGAAUGCCCAGCUGCAGUCUAAAAUAUCAAAAGAUGUGGAGGCAAAAAUUCAAAAGCGCCAGCGAGAAUAUUGGCUAAUGGAACAAAUGAAAGGUAUUAGGAGGGAGCUUGGCAUCGAGUCUGAUGGCAAAGAUAAGUUGGUGGAGAAGUUUAAGGAGAAGGCUGAAAAACUGGCGAUGCCGGAAGCAGUGAAAAAGGUUUUUGAUGAGGAAUUGAAUAAGCUGGCGCACUUAGAACCAGCAGCAUCCGAAUUCAACGUAACCCGAAAUUACCUUGACUGGAUCACCCAGAUUCCAUGGGGAAAAAGAAGUGCAGAGAAUUUCGGAAUCAAGAAUGCGAUGACAGUUCUGGAUGAAGAUCACUAUGGCUUGAAAGAUGUUAAAGAUCGCAUUUUGGAGUUUAUUGCGGUUGGGAAACUACGUGGGUCUGUGGAAGGAAAGAUUCUUUGCUUUGUUGGUCCGCCCGGCGUUGGCAAGACCAGCAUUGGGAAAUCCAUUGCUCGCGCUCUUAACCGACAGUACUAUCGGUUCAGCGUCGGUGGCUUGACGGAUGUCGCUGAAAUCAAGGGCCAUCGACGAACAUACGUCGGGGCCCUCCCAGGACGUAUUAUCCAGGCUCUCAAAAAAUGCCAAACGGAAAACCCGCUUAUUCUUAUUGAUGAAGUAGACAAGAUUGGGCGCGGUCAUCAAGGAGAUCCAGCGUCAGCAUUAUUGGAACUUCUUGACCCUGAGCAGAACUCAUCGUUCUUAGAUCAUUACAUGGAUGUUCCUGUCGACCUGUCGAAAGUUCUUUUUGUUUGCACAGCAAAUAUGACCGAUACAAUUCCCCGGCCUUUGCUGGACCGUAUGGAGUUGAUUGAAUUAUCUGGUUAUGUUGCCGACGAGAAGAUGGCGAUUGCGGACCGUUAUUUGGCGCCUGCGGCGAAGGAGAUGAGUGGACUGAAAAAUGUGGACGUGAAGCUCGACGAAAGUGCCAUCGAAGAGCUUAUCAAGUCCUACUGUCGAGAGAGUGGAGUGCGAAAUCUGAAAAAGCAGAUAGAGAAGGUGUAUAGAAAAGCAGCGUUAAAAAUUAUCCAGGACCUGCGCGAAGAGGAACCUACCGAAGAGGAUCUGGUGAGGGAUGAAGUCCGCACGGCACAAGAGGCAGUCAAAAAUGAAAAGGUGGUAGACGAGCCGAAACAAGAACCACCCUUGCUUCCAGCAAAGGUGCCAGACGAUGUCCAUGUUACUAUUGCGAAAAACAACUUAAAGGAUUAUGUUGGGCCUCCGGUCUUCACCUCCGAUCGACUAUACGAAGUCACUCCUGCUGGUGUUGCCAUGGGUCUCGCAUGGACCAGCAUGGGGGGCGCAGCUCUAUAUGUCGAGUCAAUCCUACAAGCUGCGCUGACGAACUCAUCCCAACCCGGCUUUGAACAGACGGGUAACUUGAUGACAGUAAUGAAAGAGUCGACUGUCAUCGCAUACUCUUUUGCUAAAUCCGUGGUAGCGAAGGAUUUCCCAGAAAACAAAUUUUUCGAAAAGGCAAAGCUUCAUUUACACUGCCCUGAAGGCGCUGUUCAAAAAGAUGGUCCAUCUGCUGGGAUAACUAUGGCCACUUCUCUUUUAUCUCUCGCGCUUAAUGAGCCGAUCAACCCGACUAUUGCCAUGACCGGGGAACUCACCGUCACUGGAAAAGUCCUCCGCAUUGGUGGCUUGAGAGAGAAAACGGUUGCUGCCCGCCGUGCAGGAGCCAAAACUAUCAUUUUCCCUGCAGAUAAUCUCUCCGAUUGGCUGGAACUCCCUCAAAAUAUCAAGGAGGGAAUCGACGGCCAUGCUGUUAGCUGGUACUCGGAAGUAUUCGACCUCGUCUUCAAGAAUAUUGAUCAUACCAUGGCCAACAAUGUGUGGAAAACUCAACUAAGCGACCCAGAAAACACCACCAAAAAGGAAUGA